CACGUGGAAUGUUCCUGGAUCAAUUUUCUCAGCGUAUACUCAAACCCAUCUCGUAAUUCCGAUCAAAAAUUAUAUUUUCGACAUAUCUGAUGUGAUUAGAAGAGGUGUCGAAUUAGCAAGAACUAUGGAAAUCAAUUCAUUAGAAGCCGCGGAAAAUCAUCACAAGGGCAAAUUCAAACUGUCUCGUUACUUAUUUCGUCGGUAGACUGUAGCAGAUGGCCCGCAUACCUUCCUCUUCCCGUCCAAACUCUGAAAUGGAAGAUUUGGGCAAUUUCCACCUGGACGAAACAGCUAGUGACAGUUCGCAAAGACGUCCACGUCGAUCAAUAACCGACAUUUUUCCGUCUUGUGGAGAGACCACUCAAUCCUCUACACAGAAUGCAUACGACUUGCCAAAAGGGUCGCUGGGCACUUUACGCCAUACAUCCUCACCACACACUUCGUCCCAGUUAAUUCGUGCGUCUAAUUUGCGAAGCCGUGCUUUCCGGUCAGAGAUUCCGAACUUGCUUUCCCAUUCCACCUAUCUUCCGCCUUACAUUGACAAUUACUGGGAUCUUGUUAAGCAGAGGAGUAUAAUACUACAGAAAGCAGCAGCAACCGUUUCGGCGGCCUACGAGAUUACCUAUGGCGAAGCGAUAGCACGCAAUUCCCUUUUCAUGAUAUCCGCGCUAAGAGAUGGCCUAAUACCCCACCAGCCGCAGGCAACACCUUUGCGAUCACUUCAAGUAUUUCAGCAAUCCAUGACAGUCGACGUAAUGCGGUACACAGGUUUCGUCACAUCGCUUCCGGGAUUUCACGACUUCAGUAAGAAUGAUAAAAAAAUUCUGCUCGGUGAAAGGCAUAUGAUAUAUCAACUGGUAAUCUGCUCGCCGUACUUUUACAAAGGUGAAUACUAUUAUUGCAUGAAUGGCCCAGAUGAACUGCAUAUGUGCUGGUCAGUUGCUGAGGGAUUGGGUUUACCUUUGGAUUUCCUGCGCUUUUGCGGCUCAAUUCCCUUUCUUGUCAACGAUAUCGGUCUUACGCUGGCGGAAACGUACUUACUAGCGGCGGUUACCAUUUUUGCUCCAAGUGUUUUGUCGAAUGUGAGCAAUAAAGCUUUGGUGGCUGCUCAUUACGACUUCUAUAUGGACGCGCUGUUUUAUCAGCUUGGAAAUCGCCUAAGCAUCGCGGAUCGUGCCAUUACCAGUGUGAAACUGGAGAAAGUGAUACAAAUGUUUCCCCUCAUCGAUAAAAUCUCCAUGGGAUAUUUUCAAAAUCUUGAUCUGUCCCAUGUUCCGGUGCGAUCGCGGGAGGUCAUGUUUGAUUAGUCUGGUUGUGUCGGGGACAGUGCUUAUACUUGUACUUUUUAACCUUUUAAGAAACCACGUGGCAGCCGGAUAGCUCAUAUUUUGUAAAGAAUUUUGAUUGAGAGAGAAUUUAUACAGCGAUGCGUACUUGAUAAAAGUUGCGCUGAUUUUUUAUUUUAUUCAGUAUUCAGUUUUCUGGGUAUGUCUGUCGGUGAUGCCGAAUGCGUUUGUCAUGCAUUCGACCGCAAGUGAGAUCUGGUGCGAGUUUGUUUUAUAAAAGUUCAAGUUAUCAUGGAAAAUUUAUAUUAAAUUUUAUAUUGAUUAAAACGCUUGAUUGGCGAAAGAACCAGUCCUGAA